AUGGCGAAUACGCUCCGUCAAUACUUGAAACAUCUGACGCAUCGGAAACUGUUGGUUACUUAUCCAGUGGUUGCCGUCGCCAUUGGACUUGGAUUGUACAUGGAACGUGUGGAGAGUGGACGUGCCGUCAGUUUUCACAACAAGAGCCACUUGUUCUACAAGGAACCGAGCAGUUCGGAGAAUCUGAAUUACGACGCUGAGUUAUACGCGUUUGGGAAACGAUUGGGGGAAGACUUCGACCCUCAAAUACUCCGCCUGGCAUUAACACACAAGUCCCACAUUGAGGCUGAAACUCAACGACGGCGUUCACUGGGAGUCAGUGAUGCUGAUUUGAAUACAGAUCAACACAAUGGCCUUUUAUUAAAAGCCGGACGCACGUUCGUGUCAUCUUAUCUUCUACGGCAUUUGCAAGCAGCCUUUCCUGCAUUUCCCAAGGAGGGCAUUUCGAGCUUGAACGGGUAUUUGAUGUCGGAUGAUGCAUUGUCAGUUGUAAGUUUUCAUCUGGGCGUGAAGGACCUGAUUUUGUGCCAAGAAUAUCCUCCCAGCGAAACGACCCUCGCGGACACGUUCCUCGCUAUUGUGGCUGCCUUGAAUGGGGACGCGGUCAGAGAACGAUUCAUUCGUGACUUUCUUGUGACGCAGUUGUGUGGGAAGAACGUGUAUGAAAUUUGGAAUCCCGCUGAUCCGAAAAAACUCGUUACGGAGAUUCUUCUCGCCACGAGGAAGUCAGCCCCCGAAUCUAGAUUGCUGCGUAAAACUGCCGUUAACACGUUGGAAGCAAAUUUUAAUGUCGGUAUCUAUUGUGACCAGCGUUUAAUUGGUUACGGCAGUGGGGAGACUGCUACUAUUGCCGAAAAUUCUGCUUUUGUGGAUGUUCUGCGAAGAAUGUUUCGCUUAGAUGAUUCUCGGUCUCCUUUGCAAUUUCCGAUUGAAGUUGAGUCCCCGGAUCCAAUUCAUGCUCGUUUGCAAGCGCGCGAAUGA